AUGGACACUGUGGUUGCUAAGAAAAAUAAUGAAAGAGCAGAAAGUAAUUGGUACGUAGUCAGUAAUACAUGGUGGUCGAAAGUUCUAGACGCUGCCAAACAGGGGUUUGUCGAGGAUAUACCGUCCAUAAAUAAUGCUUCUAUAUCAUUCAAAUCCGGAGAUGCAUACUUUUUGCGUUCCGAUCUAGCUGAAUCUAUCGAUUUCCACCUUCUGCCAGAGCCUGUUUUCAACCGUUUGAAGGAUGUAUACGGCCUUGAUUUGGCCGAUCGUGACUAUAUAUGCCGAAAGGUUGUCUCAAAGAAUGGGAAGCCCGUCGUAGAAGUCUAUCCUCGUAUUGUUAAUGUUUAUCUUGCUAGAGACAACUCCAGAUGUUGCGAAUUGCGUUUGACCGGGAGUGAUACUUUACUCGAUCUGAGGGACCGUGCUCUCAAAUCGCUUGGACUGUCAUCUGUUCCUCCGGAGAAACUUCGUUUUUAUAUAGCUCACGGUGAUAAAUACGAGUUGAUAGACCUUUCCCAACAAAAUGUAGAUAGCUAUUUUGAUACGGCCCAGAAGGUCUACGUAGAUGUUUGCAAUUCGGAAGAUAAGUGGUUUAUAAAUAACGAUAAGCAAGGCGGUUCGCGAAAUGAUAUCUCGAAUUCUCUCUCUUCAUAUGCGUUUUACGAUACUCGGGAGAGACAUGGAAAUCUUGUGAAGGGAGCAUGCGGUCUCCAAAAUCUCGGCAAUACUUGCUUCAUGGCUUCAGCUCUCCAAUGUCUUUCAAAUGUCCCAGAACUCACAGAGUAUUUUUUAUCCAAUCGCUAUAUUGCGGAUAUUAACGAGAGAAAUCCACUUGGCACUCAUGGAGAGUUGGCCAGAGCUUACGGUGAUCUUCUUCACAGCAUGUGGUCCGGAGAAAACUCGAGCGUUAUGCCGCGUAAAGUCAAGAUGACGAUCGGUCAAUUUGCUCCACGAUUCAGUGGCUAUGCUCAGCAGGAUUCGCAGGAAUUGCUAGCUUACGUCUUAGAUGGCUUACACGAGGAUUUGAAUAGAAUAAAAGUGAAGCCCUAUGUCCCAGAUGAUGAAGCAUUGGAAAGAUUGGAAGAACAUGAGCAAGCUGAAAAGUCGUGGUUGGCUUAUAAAGCUCGUAAUGAUAGCAUCAUUGUUGACCUUGUUCAUGGGCAACUAAAAUCAACUCUAGUUUGCCCUGUGUGCGCUAAAGUCAGCAUAAAAUUCGACCCAUUUUGCUUCUUGUCAGUACCACUUCCGCCGAAGGAAAAAGUUAGACAGAUCGUCACACUAAUAUUCAAUACGAAGAGACGAUGGGCAAAGUUUACUAUCACCAUGGCCACUUCCACUACGGUCCAAGAUGCAAUCAAUACGAUGAAAAACUCUUUGCAAAAUAUUGGGAACGACUUUACGGGAGAGAUUAUCGUAUACUCGAUUGGUACUGGUGAUUUUUCUGAUGAAGUACGGUUAUUGGAUCCUGCAGAACCCAUUUACAUAGAAGAUAAAACCCAAUCAUUGUAUGCUUGUCAGGUGGACCACAAUCCAAAUACUCACAAAAUUGUUGUUAUAAAAAAUCAAACGCAGACCGGGCGCACUCUUUCCUUGCCUAUGGUGUUCACCCUGCCCAGCGCUGACUACCUCACUAGGAGUUUUCUUGCAAACCGGGUACUGCCGUUCAUAUCCGACACAUUUAUGAAGUCCCCUCUCGAACAAUGUCUGUUCGAGGAUGAUUCGCGAAAUAGCGAAGAGCGAGAGCGAUAUAAACUGUUCGUUAUGCACGGCGGUAACGCAAUUCCUUUCCCAGCAGCACCAGAUGAGCCCAUAGCUUGGCCCGGAGGCAUCCAGAUGCAUACGAUUGUCUUUCAGUGGAGAGAUCCUCAAAUCUUCAACUUAUACAAGGGAUCUGAUCUGAUCGAUCGGGAGGUCUCUGUGUCAUCUCGUAAAGACAUACACCUGAUGGAAUGCGUAGAUCUGUUCACCAGGCAGGAACAACUGGGAGAGGAGGAUAGUUGGUACUGCCCGAAAUGUAAAAAACAUGAGCGAGCGUCGAAGAAAUUAGAUCUUUGGAGUUUGCCACAAAUUCUUAUAAUCCAUUUGAAGCGGUUCCAGUACAGCAAAUGGCAUCGUGAUAAAAUAGAUAUACCGGUUGUGAUUCCAGUCAAGGGACUUGAGUUAAACUCGAAAUUAGCGAACGAGAAGCACGAGCAUGUGAAAUACGAUUUGAUAGCGAUGAGUCACCAUGUAGGAGGCCUUGGUGGUGGACAUUAUACGGCCUCGGCGCUCAAUAAGACAACAGGAAAAUGGUAUGACUUUAAUGACUCUUGUGUAUCCGAAAUUGCCCCUCCGAGCGAUCCUAUAACUGGGCGAACACCAUACAUGCUUGUAUAUCGACGUCAGCAUUCUGAUGCCUUGUUACAAGACGCUAAUGUCGAAGAAGAAAUGGAGGAAUGAUCUGUUCAGUGAUAUUCAUAGUGUUUAAGAGCAACACGUUCGUUGCUUUUGAGCCGAAUAAUGUGUGCUCAUUAGGGAAGUGCUCCUUCUACAAUAGAUUGAUCUUCGUCGCGUAAAUUCGCUUGCACCGAUUGUAUGAGUAAGAGAGUUCAGGUGCAUUCCUGUGAUUAUAUUGUAGGCUUAGGCUUAGGUGCAGCGAAUGCGGUGUGCACUCCCGUAUUAGUCUAUCUAAUCCUCUGCUUUCACAUGUUUAUAGUCGUUGUUGAAAGUCUUUUUUGAGCGUUUUUAACUUAAUGUGGCAUACGAACUUUCUUGAGAUCAGACGGUUUAGUUUAUAUUGUUUUUACGUGUCAAAUGUGCUUUUACCAAAAGGCAUGAGGUCGAGAAGGUGGCCCGUGCUCUUUUCAGCUCUACGCUGACGCUUGUUUCAAGAGUUUUACUGUUCUCGCUGAUGAGUUGCGUUUCGGGCCUUCUAACUUUCUUUUCUCAUGCUAACCCGGUGAUAAGAUUUUAAGUUUGUGGCCUUUUAAGAUCAUGUCAAUACUUCAGAGUUCUCGGUUCUUUUCAUAGUUGAGUGCAAAAAGUCGGCAACGAUCUUCGCAGUCUUAGCUCCCCCGUUUUGAUGUGUUUCAACCCUCCUUGUAUUCAUUUCUGAAGAUGUCGGCACUGCAGGCUUACCUUGUGAUUUCGAUUCUAAUUAAUGGUUCUGAGAGUCCAUAAAUAAUUUGAGCUCAUUUGUUUUUAUUGGGAAGGCG